GUCCGAGGCCAUUGACAUCUGGUCGCUGGGCUGUGUGAUGGCCAUCAUGAUGUUUGGCUUUGCACUCUUCCCGGGGAAGACUGACUAUGAAUUAGUACGUUUUAACGUUUGACUAAUUGUAAAUCAUUGCUCUUAAAGGCCACAUACAGUUAUUAUUAAGUUUAGCAAUUGUAGACUAAAAGAAUUAAGUUGAAUGUCUAAAUAUGAUGCUGUUUUUUCUCCAGCUGCAAUACAUUAUCGACCUCCUAGGCCCACCACCAGCCCCCACUGUUAAUGUUGAAUGGAAAUGGGAACGGUUUUUCAAAAAGACAGCUUCCAAUCAGUGGAUACUUAAGACACCUCAGGAGUACUGGAGAACAACGACCACUGACAACAGGCACUACACCUUCCGUUCUCUUGACGAAAUGAAGACAACGUGUCUGGAGAAAGAUAAUGCCACAGAGGAUGAUGAGAGGUGGGAGUGCAUUGAGCUGUUGAAGGCAAUGCUCAAGUGGACUGAGAAGGAGAGGAUUACCCCUAGUGGUAUUCUCAAUCACCCAUUUAUUACCAUGAGCUACCUCAACAGCUGCUCCCACCUCAGUUCCUGCAAUAGGUCUGUAGAAGCUGAAACCAGCCCAAGCCAGGCAUCCGGCCCCAGUGCGAGCCCUGCAGCUAAACCUGGCAUUGACAAAGCUAUUGACUCCAACACUAAGAAGGCAGCCGAGCCUGGCACCAGGCGACUCAACUGAGCACGAACCAGGCUUCUGACCCCAACACCAGGCAGGCCCAGACGAGGACCAAAGACAACAUCAUGAGGACUUGUGUAGAUGAUAACACACGAAGAACACACAGGCCGACGUCUACAGCACUGCCAUCAGGUUUUAUCAGGGUUCAGCCUGCUCCUUCACAGAGCAGAAUCCCACUGGAGGAGACGUCUGAGGAGGAGUCCAUCAGUGAAUGUGAUACUUUGGCUUCCACAUCUGAGGAUUCCAACGCCAGCAACCAUUCGGACAACACAGAUGACAGCGAGUCAAAGAAGAAGAGAAAGAAAAACUGCCUCAAAUGCUUCUCCUGGAUGAGGAGGACAUGCUGCUCUUGCUGCUACAUGGACAAUGUAUAGAAGUGAAGAUCUCUAUAGCUAAACACCUGAGAGCUUUCUCUUAAUUGUUCUGCUACAAAAGCAUUGGUAGUUCUCAUUGGAAGCAGCAUGAGUAGCAUUGCAACCUCACAGCAGCAGAUCCUGAACUUUUCUGUUAAAUAACUAAAAUCAGACGCUACUCAGCUUAACAGACAGCUUUUGGGCACUUGUGGAAGACAAAUGUUUGUUUGUCCUUGACAUGUUGAAUUAAUUUUUAAUUGAUAGAAUCUAACAUUAAAUUGUUAAAACCGAUAAGAAUCUGUGUACAUAUAUAUGCAUGUGAUAUUGGGGGUUGGGUGGCUCUGGGUGCUGUGGAAAAAGAUUUUCUUUGAAGGGGUGCCGUGGUUUGGAAGAGUUUUUUGACCACUGCUCUAGCUUCAUAUUUAGCAUACAGACAUGAGGGUGGUAGAAAUCUUUUCAUCUUACUCUAAGGAAGAAAGUGAUAUAUAGGUAAAUGUUCAUUUAUCUGAGAAGCCAAAAGCAUGAAUCUAAAUACUGUGGCAAGCUUUUCAUGUACUUUGUAGAAUGACUGAAACUUUGGUAAUGUCUGCAAGAGAUAGAAACUGGGCCACCUGCUCACUCUGUCUCUGUUAUUAUCUGUUAAUGUACAAGAAGAGGAUGAGUAACCUUUUCAGCAACAUACACACACUGCACGCAAACACACACAGGAGGACACAGUCUUACAUUAGAGGAUAGGAGGCAUGUUUGUAAGGUGAUGUCGCUGCCGUGACCCUCCCACUUAACAAGCGCUUUACCUCAAGCUCGGUUACUCUCAGAAACAACCACCCAAAGGUAACCUAUACACAUAUGCAGCCUUAAAUUAUGAACUAUGUACUCCCACUGACUGUACACAACGUACAAGAGGGAGAGACACUGUGUAAGUCUAGAAUUCUA